AGAAAAAGAAGCAGGAUGAAGAGGACGAGAAGAGAAAGAAGAAGGAAGAGGAGAAAGAAGAAAAGAAGAAGAAGAAGAGGAAGGAAAAGGAAGAAAAGAAGAUGAAGGAUGAGGAGGAAGCAUGGGCAGUAGAUAAGGCUGAAAAUGAUGAAGAAGAAGAAGAUAUCAAGAUAAAUGUCAGUGAAUACAAGACCGAGACUCCUGCCAAAAAGACUGCUGAGGAGUGUAAGCCUGUCAACCAAGAUCCUUCUGAUUCAAUGGCAGUCAAGCCAAAGAAGGAUCCUAAUCCAGAAGUAAAUACCAGCAACAACAAUAAUGCCAAUAAUAAUAAUGAUGAUGAUGAUAAGAAUUCCCACUCCGGUAAUGUCUGGAAUGAUCUGAACAAGGAGAUACACGAACCUGGGCCAGCCAUCACUUCUCCAGGAGAAACCAAGGGCGAGGUUGCACUUGAUGCCACGGUUCCUAAGGAUGGCGAUGCUUCGUCUACUAAGACUGGUAGUAUCAAAGAAACUGCCAAGAAGUCAGAGGCUGAACAGGCGGAAGAAGAGUUGGAGGCCGAGCGACAAUUUGAACUAAAGAAGCUGCCUGGCGCAAGGCGAAUUGACCAUGUAUUACAGCCCGAGAGUUUUAUGAGCAUGAUUGCGAAUGAGUAUCUUGUGGGUAUGCGGGCGCACUUUUCGUACUGGACCAACAAGGAUCUAUUGUGGCACAUUGUCCGUCGACUGGAGAACCUUGACGAUACAGUGUUGGGUGAGAAUAGUCCAAAGGUCGGUCCAGAGAAGCCAAAGAGUGAACAAGAUAUCCCAAAUACCGAACAAGAGACCCCAAAGACUGAACAAGAGGUGCCAAAGGCCGAACAAGAGAAGUCAAAGUCUGGUCAAGAGACGCCAGAGUCUAAACAAAAGACGUCAAAUUCUGAAGAAGAGACCACAAAGACUGGACAAGAGACCCCAAAGGCAUAAACAAGAGUGUAUAUAAAUAUAUAUAUAUAUGUGUGUGUAUAAUAUAUAAAUGUUUGUGCUUGUGUGCGUAUGUGUAUAUUUAGAAAACUAAUAUUAAGAUGAAAAAAAAAAAUUAAGCAAUUAAUAAUAAUUGAUUUUUGCUGCUAUUACUAUUACUACUAUUGAUUAUUACGGUGGGUUUUGAUGGUGUUGGUUUAUAGAUUUAAUUGGUACGAAAACAAUAUAUAAAAGUACAAUUUUGUAUACAGCAAAAUAUAAGCUUUUUUUUU